GUGGCCCGUGAGGGAGAGGCUCGUAGUUGGAGAGCCGCUCCUCUUCGGCCUUAUUGUGACCUAUGAGCUAGUGACUCUGUGAGGGCUUCAGGUUGUGACUCAGAAGGAGAUUCGGAGAUGGCCAGAUUGAGUAGGGAGUGAGGGAGAGGUUUCUUAACCCUCGCUGCUAUGAGCGUGAGAGAUCCGGCCCUCGCCUAACUAAUGCCACUCCUCGGCCCUCGCUGCUGUGAGCAUCAUGGGCUCACACUGACUGAGUCGCUUUAGGGCCGAGGGAGAUUCGGAGAAGACGACGAGUGAGGGAGAGCCCGAGAGGCUUCUAGUCUGUAGGCUGGCUGUAGCUCUUCUUCCUUCUACGCUGCGUGCGUGCUGCUACUCAAAUAAAAUAUUUGAUCCAAAUGAUUUAUAGGAACAUAAAUUUUGAGUUUUGGACUUCAAACAAAAUUCAAUAUAAUUUUAUACAUAUUUUAUCUAAAUUCACCUAACUUAAAAUUUAAAAUCUUUUUCAAAAAUAGAGUUAGAGUUUAUAAUAUUAUUUUUGAACAAACAUUUUUAUUUAUUUUUUUGAGAUUUUCUUCCUAUGCCAAUUCAAAAGCAUUUUCAUAGAAAAAAAUAAAUUAAUAAGACAUUUCACAAAAAUGCAAAACAAAUAAAAGUAAAGAGGGUCAAACCUCCCCCCCAGCUUGAGGCACAAAACUACACUCUCUCAAGCCUUCCAUAUAAACCCUACAAAGCCCAAACAGUUAUGAAGAUUGCCAGUUCCUUUGUCAGGCUAUUUUGGUAUGGCUCUGGCUAGGGGAAUUCCCGUUCCUUCUUCUCAAUCAUCUCAAUUUAGGAAAUCAGUUCCCAUUAAUUCACGACGCAUAUCUUCCAUUCAAUUCUCUUCUUCUUUCUCUUCCUCACCUUUCACAGAAAAGCACUCGCUCCAACGCUACCAGAGAGACAUAUGGGUCUACAAGGACCAGUCGGAGCACGCUUUCUCGUGCCCCUUUCCACCGGAUUCCAACUCCAUAAGGGAAAACGACAUCGCUCUGCAGCUACCCGAGUUGAAGAAGCUGCUUCGGGUGUUGAGACAGAAGAGAAUCGAUGAAGGGUCUGAUGGGAGAAAGAAAGGGCCUGGGAACGUGUUCCUGGUGGGGACUGGACCUGGAGACCCUGAGCUUCUGACUUUGAAGGCGGUGAGAGUGAUUCAGAGUGCUGAUCUUCUGCUUUACGAUCGAUUGGUGUCUAACGAUGUGUUGAAUUUGGUCGGACCUGAUGCUAGACUUCUUUAUGUGGGCAAGACUGCAGGCUACCAUAGUAGAACCCAGGAGGAGAUACAUGAGUUGCUUUUGAGCUUUGCUGAAGCCGGAGCUACUGUUGCCAGGCUUAAAGGUGGGGAUCCUCUGGUAUUUGGGAGAGGUGGCGAGGAGAUGGAUUUCCUGCAACAGCAAGGGAUUCAAGUGAAAGUUAUUCCAGGUGUUACUGCUGCUUCAGGAAUAGCAGCAGAGCUGGGAAUACCAUUAACUCAUCGAGGAGUUGCAAAUAGUGUUAUAUUUCUUACAGGCCACACAAGGAAAGGAGGAACUGAUCCUCUAUUUGUUGCAGAGAAUGCAGCAGAUCCUAAUUCAACUUUGGUUGUAUACAUGGGUUUGUUAACUCUCCCUUCUCUUGCCCUAAAAUUGAUGCAUCAUGGCAUGCCUCCCAAUACACCUGCUGCUGCAAUUGAGCGAGGGACCACACCUCAACAACGCAUUGCAUUUGCGGAGUUGAAGCAUCUUGGUGAUGAGAUUGCAUCAGCAGAGUUAGUAUCACCAACGCUUAUAAUCAUUGGGAAGGUUGUUGCACUUUCACCAUUUUGGCCACAUUCUUCUAAAGAAGCUUCUGUUUUUGUAGCGGCUAAAUAAGCAUGACUGGGGGUACACACUGUGUAUGAGGAUUCAGCACAAAUUUUUUUACUACAUGAUUUGUUGGUGACCACUUUUGUUACAGUGGUUUAUAGAGUUAUAAACCAUCCUCGGCAUGGUUUACAUUCUGGUACCAAGACCAAAUCCCUGUCGUGGUGGAAAAGGAGAGAAAAAUCUUGAAGUUCUAUGAAAUGGUGGAAUGUAAUUGUUGUAAAAGGUUUUUUUGAUUUUCAGUGUGGCUCGGACUAAGAUCUGUCAUUGUUAUCAUUGUUCUUUUUUCAAUAUUUAUGAGCAUACACAAAUAAUUGAAAA